AUGAGUAGUAGUGUAUCAAGACUUGUAUCCUCAGUUUGUAAAAAAAUAAUCAAACCAUAUUCACCUACUCCAAUUUCACUUCGUUGUCCCAAACUCUCCUAUCUUGAUCAAAUGGUUGGUGGCAUUUAUAUUCCAUUGGCCCUUUUUUACCCUAAAUUGAGCAACACAUGGUCCAAUAAACCAAAUAAUGUUGUAUCUCAACAUCUUGAAAAAUCCCUUUCAAAAGUUUUGACCAAUUACUAUCCAUUUGCAGGGAAAUUGAAUGACAAUAUUUCUAUUGAUUGUAACGAUAAUGGAGUUGAAUUCUUCGUUACAGAAAUAAAUUGUCCAAUGUCUGAAAUUUUCAACCACCCCUAUUUUGAAAAACAUAAUUUGGUCUAUCCAACAGAAGUUAUUAAUAAUCAGUAUACAUACGAGGGUAGUCUUGCAGUAUUUCAACUCACUCACUUUAAUUGUGGAGGAAUCGCGAUCAGUAUGUGUUUGUCACACAAGGUUGGGGAUGGAUACACGUUUGGCAACUUCAUGAACCAUUGGGCUACUAUAGCGCGUAAUCCAUUAAGUUCAGAAAUAUAUCCGAUAAGUCCUAAGUUUGAUGGAUCCUUUUAUUUUCCACCUGCGAAAGAUGAGGACUCAUCAAACGUAUCUAACAACAAUAUCGUGCCACAAAGAGAAGAAUGUGUGUCCAAAGGUUUUUCUAUUUCAUCAUCCAAAUUAACCGCGCUGAAAGCUAGGGUUAUUAAUGAUUCAGAAGUACAAAAUCCAAGUGAUACAGAAGUUGUGUCUGCAUUCCUUUACCAACGCGCCAUGGCUACAAAAAAGUUGGUAAAUUCAGACUCCAUUCGUCCAUCUUUACUUCAUCAGGCUGUAAACUUACGCCCUCCAUUGCCCAAACACACUAUGGGAAACAUUUGUUCUCUAUUUUCUAUACUAACAAAAGAAGAGAAAGAAAUGGAUUUAGCACGAGUUGUUAGUAAACUAAGAAAGGAGAAGGAAGAAGUCAAACAAAAAUACAAAAAUGCUAAAAUAGAAGAACUACUUCCUAUAACACUUGAACAACAUAGAAAAGCAAAUGAUUUGUUAGUCAACAAUUCAUGUUAUGAUCUCUAUAGGUUUAGUAGCCUCAUCACAUUCCCCUCAUAUGAGGUAGACUUUGGAUGGGGAAAGCCUGAAAAAGUUAUUUCACCAAUUUCAACAAGUAAUCCACCAAUUAAAAACAUGUUUUUUUUGAUGGCUGAUAAAAAUAGAGAUGGAGUGAAUCUAACAUGUAGCAUGAAGAAACAAGACAUGUUAGCUUUUGAGAGGGAUGAAGAGCUCUUACGAUUUGCCUCUCCAACUAGCUAA